GAGGGAUUUAAACUGUAUUUUUCCCAGUAAAUUACUUAUUGCCUUACCACUUGGACAGCACGAACAAGACGAUUUCAUGCAAUGAAGAUGGAAUGGGGAUUUUCCAAAUUUAUCUCAAAGAAAAUUCUGUGUGAUCCAUCGAAAGGAUUCCUAGUCAAUGGCAACUGUGUUUUCGGUGCUGAGGUUUUCGUACUCAAAAGUAAAGCAGUCACUGAAUGUUUGUCUUUGAAGAAUGUCCUCACUCCUUACAAGGGUAAUUGGAAUAUUUCAAAAUUUUCCAAACGAGGCGGUGUUUGGAUGGCUAGAAAAAUUAGUGUCGGAGGCUACAAAUGGGAGCUCUGGGUUUACCCGAAGGGAGAUUCGCGAGGAAGUGGCCGGGAUGUUUCCGUUUAUUUGUACAAUGUUACUCCCUUUUUCUCCGAAAGAAUCAAGGCACGUUUUACCAUAUGGUUCGAAAACCACUUUUCCAAGGAGUGCAUCAAAGCAACCGGUAAGUUAUAAUAACAUCAAAGAUUUGUAGAAAUUUUUUAGGAUG